AUGGUAAAUAACAGGAAGAAUAACUGGGAGCAGCAUGCAAUUUGUAGAGUAGAUCUAUCACAUGGCUACUUGCGUGAACUUUUAGCAGCCCUCGCGCGCCCGCACAGCGGACACCCAGGACUCCAGCACGGCGUCGGCGCAUCUCUGAAGGACAAGCGACUCCUGGAUGUCAAACUCGGGGAGCUGACAAGCUGGGUAAUGAUGUGGGACUUCACCCCGAGAGGCAUCGGUGGAGCCUUUCAGAGAGGUUGUCAGCGGUACUACGACAAGUACAUCAACGUGAAGAAGGGCAGUGUGGCUGGCGUGUCCAUGGUGCUGGCCGCCUACGUGCCUUUCAACUAUUGCCGCUCCUACCAUGAACUCAAACACAGACGGCAUCGCAAGUACCACUGAAGGCUGAGGAGGAUGCCCUGCAUUUCCGACUCUGCUCUACACCCCAAUUCCUCAUACCCAGUACCACCCAAUAAAUGACCAG